CCACAAGCCAGUGCUUUUCUGUAGGCGUGUCGUUAUUAUCCAGAACGUGAUAAGAUACCCCUUUCUUCUCUGCUUAUCCGCUCUUUGGCAAGAUAGUCCUUGAAAAUAAUAAUUGUCACAUAUUAUUAUUCACAUAUUAUUAAAGCAUGACGUAAAAUAUGCCACGUAAGUCUUCAUUUAUUUAUGUCACUAUUUCAAACAACACAAGGACAAGUCGUGCACUUAAUUCCUUAUAAUAACAUGUUCAUAAUACCAUUUUAGAGCACAUAUUUAGAAUGUAGCGUACACUAGUCUAUAAAAUUCUUCCCAGUACUCAUGACUGCCAGUUUGAUAGAUUGAUAGAUGUGUCUGUGUGCAGUGAGAUGAAGAAGUGUGUGUUUGCGCGAGUGUGAGAGACUGUUUUACGCAUGUGCGUGUUGUAGGUCUCUAUGACAACAGGACUAUUAAACCCUUUAGUAGAGCAGGGGAGAGGGACACGCACAGGAGAUUAUCUGGACAGGUGCUCCGGCCGGCUCUAUCACGAAAAUGUAGGCCAUUAAAACGAAUAACGAGUUCCCAUAUAAGAGGAUAUAAUACAUAUUAUUUUAUUUUUAUUUGGAGUAAAAAGGAGACGCACAAGUAUCUGGUAGUGGUGAGUUUAUUUCGAUGUUUGGGUAACGGUACUUCUAAUUAUUUCAGACUUGUGCCUUAUAAUAAAGUGUGUAGGUUAUUGUUUGUGGAAAUAGUAGCCUAUUCUAAUGUUACAUCAUCGUGUUAGGCAUCUAUGUUUCCUCUUGUAUUGGAGCCUAGAAACCAGGCUAUGUCUGUGUCUGUCACAUCAUGCUGUCCUGUUGUAUCAGUAAGAUUCUACAAGCUGCAAUAAAUCUGCCAGUAACUCCAAUAACAGUUAAGACAAGUUAGCCUAUUUCACAAUACGAUCCCAUAAUAAAAGUAAUGCAAACAACUGCACCUGUCACAGGUUGAAGUGUUUAUCCUGCGCUAUGCGUCAUUUGGCCAUGGGAGGGCCACGGAGUCGUGAAUACAGGUCCACUAUAAUAUUGCGUGACUGAUGAUCUGUGAGUGUUCAGAAUUUGUAUGCUUGUGAUGUGUGCGUAAACAGUCGGGAAUUCUAUUCUAUUUUAGUUUUAUGAGUGAUUGUCAAUGCGCAAACUUCCCUGAACUGGUGUGAAUUUAAAUACAAUGGACUUAUGUAUACCCUUGGAAGUAUAAUGUUGGGGCUAUCAUCACAAAUGGCCCUGCAUAUACAAUGCUCCGGUUGAUCUUGUAUUGUUCUUCAUGCUAUUCCUUUGGAGAAGAUGAGUCUGGUGCCAACGAGCACUAGGACCCAGGAGGAGUAUGAGGACGACUUUGAGAAGGACCUGGAUUGGCUGAUCAGUGAGGAGGGGACGAACGAUGGCCAGGAACCUGACUACGAGGACAUCGAGGCCGAAAUAGACAAGGAGCUGAAGGAGGAGGGGAAGGAGGAAGAGAAGAAGCGAGGGAGGGAGGAGGACAAGAAAAGCCUGAAGGAGGAGAAGUGGGCGAGCGAGUCAGAGAAGGCGGAGGAGGAGGAGAGGUGGCCCUCGCCUAUGGAACCUUUGGAGUUCGACUCCGACCGAGACAGUCCACAUAAGGGUGGAUCCCCAGUAGCACCGCCCCCUCCGGUGCUGGAAGACCAACCGGAAGAGGAGAAGAAGUACAUCCUGGAGAAGAUCCAGUUAGCCAAUCGGCAGCUGCAGGACCAGGAAGCGCCGGACUUGACUCGGCGCCGACGCCUUCACUUCAAAGAAACGCUGGUGGAUUUGGUGGUGGCGCCGCUGGAGUACGAGAAAGACAGCAGCACCCCCCAAAAGACGGGGGUGGUAGAGCAGGUGAGCAGCACGGCCAGCGGCAAGGAAAUGUUGGUAGAGAGUGAGGUGUCAGGGAAGCUCUCUGAGCUGAAGAUCACCCCAUGGGAAGGGGAAGGAGGAGGGCAGGGGAUCAAGGAUGGGGGUCGUGGUGGAGGUGGAGAGGCUGGCCAGAGUGGACCGGGGAAAGAGGGAAAAGUCCUGGUGGAGAAAGAUGGCAAGUUUGACCUUGUUAGCCUGAAGGAGGUAGAGAGCCGCGGCCUGAUGCUGCCACCUUUAGCGAGCUUCCCCAGCGACAACACACGCUCGUCCUCCCGUCCAAGUGACCUGAGCCCGAAUAAGACCCCCACAUCCUCCCCGCUGCGUCCCAUCUCUAGCACUAUGUCCAUAGGGUUCGAGCACCACCGCGCCCCCAGACCUCCGGCCCAGCCCAGGAACCGGCCCAACUCGGCCAGUCACAGCCAGAGGGGCAGCGGGGGGAGGGGCACCAAGCGCAGGGUGCAGUCGGCCAACAGUACCCCUACCCAGCAGGCCACCUUCACUCUCUCGCCCCAACAGAAGGAGCUACUGAACAAAAUACAGGAGAGGAGAGAGAGGCUCGCCAGAGAGGAGGAGCAGAGGAAGAGGGAGGAGGAUGAGCAGAAGCGUCAGGAGAACGAGCUGGCGUUCCGGGCAUGGCUGGUGAGGAAGAGGGAGCAGUUGCAGGAGGAGAAGAGGAUCUACAGAGCCCAGGAGAUGGAGAGAAGUAAUGGCAGGAGGGAGCACAGUGACCCAGACGAGGCCUUUAAGUCGUGGCUGCAGAGGAAACACGAACAACAGCAGAGAGACAGACAGCUGGAGGAGAUGAAGAGGCUGGAGGAGGAGAGUGGAUUCUACCUGCACAACCGAGAAGAGUGUGAACGAGCCUUCAAACUGUGGCUGAAGAGGAAGCGGGCAGAGAAGCGGGCGGAGCAGCAGGCGGCCAGAGAGCGUUCCCGCAGGCUGGUGUUUGAGGAGCGGCGCGCCCGGCGCAUGCAGGACCUCCUGUGCACCGUCAACGAGACCAAGCCUUUCCGCUUCACUGAGCACCUGGCGUACCGCUUCUGAACCCACCAUUCGCAACAUCAUACCUCGAGAGGAAAUAAUCGAGAUCUGGGCAAAGCUAAGGGUACGGGUACACAGAGACACAUGAACACGGAUGAAAUUGUAUACGACUUAGUUGUCAAUAUUUGCUCUAUAAAAGUACAACUAAUCUUCACUUUUUCACAAGGAUUUCACAAGGAAAAAAUACUUUUUUGGGGGGACAAUCAGCUCCGUUGUCAUUCAUCCUGCAUUGGAUGACUCCCAUUGAAAAAGCAUCGUCUCCACCCGAAAAAACGAAAUCUCAGUGUGGGCGAGGCCUGAGGGAGAGGGGAAUCACCAAAGAAAUCUAGGCUCUGUUCCAGUAUCAACUAGCAUACAACUUUAAAUGAGGCAUUUUUACUGAAAGUGAAUCUUUAGAUGGGAUCAGCACUGUUGAGAGAAGGGUUUUAUUCUCUACCUUUUCAUUUGUCACAGAUGAUCCGUUUAGGACCUCCGAAGUUCUGUUUUCUUCCACGUUACUUCAUAAAACAUGCACAACUCCUAAGGGUCCCGAAUUGAUCAGCCGUCGGGGAUCUAUCCUGUGCUCACUGUGUACAGUACAUAAAGAGAUUAUUUCAUCAAAUGAAUGAUUAUAACCAAGGUGACUGGUUCAAUAGCUGUGUGACAACAAAUAUUUAUACAGAAUGUGAUUAUAGGCCUACUGGCACUUGUUUUCUACAUAGUCAACAGCCUCCUCUCUGUUGCUGAUGCACUUUAACCUAGCCUACUAGAAAACAUUGAGCUCACCAAUGCCUGCAGUGCUAGUAGGUAGUCUGGGUGUGGGAAGCCAUAUUGCCAGUUACCAUAAUGCCUUUAUAAAUCGUUUGUCACUGAGUGUUUUUAGGUUUAUCCUUAAAUCUAUCUUAAGUUAGGUCCUUUGUAGUAGUGGCAUCUACACUGACCACAUUAUCUUCCGUCAGAGGGCGUCAUUCUAAGGCUUCAUUCAAGAUGUUUGAGAGUGGGGGUGCUGCAAAGUUUUUUUUUGUGUGCCUGCGCUACAGACGGCUGUAUCGGUCCGCUAAUACAGGACUAGUAAAAGGCCCAGUGCACUACUUUUGUGAGAUUUUUCUCUUCUUCUUCUAAACAAAUGUAAAAUAAUUUAUUAAUAUUGCAUUUUUUCCCGAUUCCUCAGUGGGUGCUGCAGCACCCUCAGCACCCCUACUUCCCGCGGCUAUCUGAUUUGAGACAAUGCACUGACUAUAGAUGCUAAGAGAUUUAAAAGGAAAGAUGGUUUGAUACUGUAUAUAUCAUUUGUAAUGAGAAAAAUCGGAGUUGGAACAGUCAGUACUAUAAAUAAUUCACCUCUAUGUUUAUCUUGAUAUUUAAGAUCCAUUUCGUUAUAGUCGUAUUCAUGUAUAGAUUUUCAAAUACAUUUUUGUAAAACCACUUCAUGAAAUGUUGGUUACAACUGAACCAAUAGACAAUGUGUUCCCAAAUGUUAAACAAUGUACACAUUCCCAAAUAAUAAAGGACACGGUUUAAGUUA